AUGACACGAGACUCUGUCGAUCAGCGGGCGCUCAUGGCCGAUGAGGAGACGGGACAGCCGACGGAGAAGCCGCAGCCUGCCGGGCGAUCAGUUCAUCCCAUUGUCCACAUCACGAGUUGGAUAUUCUUCUCUAAUCUCACCAUUCUCUUUAAUAAGUGGUUAAUUGACAACCGAGGAUUCAGAUACCCUGUUAUCCUAACAUGUUGGCAUCUUAUAUUCGCGACGGUCGCGACCCAGAUCCUGGCGAAGACGACGCACUUGCUGGACGGUCGCAAAAACGUCAAGAUGACGGGCAAACUAUACCUGCGCGCUAUCGUGCCUAUUGGGCUUCUCUAUAGCGCCAGUUUGGUGUGCAGCAACAUGGUCUACCUCUACCUGAGCGUAGCAUUCAUCCAGAUGCUCAAGUCAGCGGCGCCCGUCGCCGUGCUGCUCACUUCGUGGGCCUGGCGCGUCGAGGACCCGUCGCUGAAGCGCCUGUUAAACGUUCUGCUCAUCGUGGGCGGUGUCGCGCUUGCUAGCUUCGGCGAGAUCGACUUCAGCCUGACGGGCUUCCUAUUUCAGAUCGGCGGCAUCAUCUUCGAGGCCGUUCGCCUCGUCAUGAUUCAGGUCCUGCUGUCCGAGGACGGCCAGAAGAUGGACCCCCUCGUCAGCCUAUACUACUAUGCCCCUGUCUGCGCCUUGAUGAACAUCCUGAUUGCCAUCCCCUCGGAGGCGAACUCUUUCGACUUUGCCGACUUGGCCAAGUGCGGCUACUGGUUGUUGUUGCUCAACGCCAUUGUCGCUUUCAUGCUGAACGUCAGCAGUGUUUUCUUGAUUGGCAAGACGUCGAGCCUCGUCAUGACGCUGACGGGAAUCUUGAAAAACAUCCUCCUCGUGGUCGCCUCGGUCAUGAUCUGGCACACGUCCAUCACGCCCCUCCAGUUCUGCGGCUACGCCGUCGCCCUCGGCGGCCUCGUUUACUACUCGGUUGGCUGGGAGCAGAUCACGGGCGUUUCGUCGGCCAUUUGGCUCUGGAUACGCUCCCUGUGGGAGGCACCAACGCGCGCCGAUGAAAGCCGUCUACCGCCCGCCUUCCGCCGCGCCCUCUUCAUGACGCUCGGCACGCUCACCGUCGUCAUCCUCGUCGCGGGCGCUCUCUACGGAACUGGCACGGGCGCCAACGCUGUUGCCGCGGUGCAGGCGUCAUUAUCUGGCGCAGCGGGGGGGACGCCUACUUCUUAA